AUGAAGAGCGCCAUCUACGCCUCCGCCCUCCUCUCCACCCUCGCUGCCGCCAAGCCGCAAUGGGGCGGUCCUCAUGGCAAUGGCAAUGGCAAUGGCAAUGGCAAUGGCGCUAGCUGGGGCAAUGGCGGCCCAUGGGCGGCCUUCCCCAGCUGCGUCUCAUCCUGCCGCAACAACAACAUCGACUGGAGCAACUCCACCGGCCUCUGCAGCAACCAGUCCGCCAUCAACCAGCUCAAUGGCUGCAUCGAUUCCUCCUCCUGCAACAACAACGACAAGAACAGCGUCCGCCAGACCAUCGCACAGCUCUGUGUCAACGCGGGAACUACCAUCACGCAAGCACCAUACAAUACUAUCUCGGUUACCAGUGGUGAGUCCCCAGCACAGACCGGGGGAGUAGGAGGCUGGGCAGUAGGAGGAUCACAGUGGAGUGCAUGGGCAAGCGCGAAUGGUGUAACAGGAUAUCCGACCGCUGCAUCGCAAUGGUCCAGCUGGGCAUCUAUCAACGGCUUGCCUACUGCAACAGGCGAUUGGGCGUCGUGGGCUUCCUCUCGCGCCUGGGCUGCUGUCGGUUCCGGUCCCUAUCCAACAUCAGGCUGGAGCAGCGCGGGCAGCGCCUUCUCCUCUUGGACUUCCGCAAACACCAUCACCGCUUGGCCCUCUGCGCCUUCCGACUGGAGCUCCUUCACCUCUGCCCAUCCGCUCCCCUCCGGCCUCUCUCCCUUUGCGAGCUGGUGUAGUGCUAACGGCUUCCCAGGUGGCUCUGCCUGGCCUACCCAAUGGACCACCAACUCCGCCUGGGCUUCUGCUGUCUCGGCAUGGGACGAUGGCAAUGGCAAUGGCAACGGCGGUGCGGAUGGCUGGCACGGCGGCUCUUUCGGUCCUUUCGGUCAAGGCGGCCCGGGUGAUGGUUGGGGACCAGGUCCCUGGGCCAGCUCGGGCGCCUGGACGAGCGGACCUUGGACUUCGUGGUGGGGAACUGAUGCUUGCCCUGCGAGCACUUGGUCUGGUGAGUUUAAUCUCCUGCCCAAUCGCAUCGGCCUGGGGUUACUGAUAUAGACUCUUAGGCUGGACAAACGGCCCAUGGGGAACCAGCGCUCCGUGGACAACGUGGUCUGGGUGCACUGCCACCACGACUGCUUCCAACGUCUACACGACCACCUACACCACCAGCGGUGUCCAGACCACCUCCGUCGCCACCAGCUUCGGCAUCCGUGUCGCUGAGGCUACCGAGUCCAGUAGCAGCAGCAGCAGCAACAACGGCGGCACCUCCACUUCCGGCUCCGGCGCUGCCCCAACCAACUUCGCUGCUGUUGCCGGAUCCGCUGCCGGUGUCGUCGGUGUUCUCGCUGGUGCCAUUCUCUUGUAG